AUGAACACUCAAGCCCUUCAAGAUCCCAUUAAGCGGGAUUGCUUCCAAACGACUCUUAAGGACCAUCUGCUUUCAGAAUUCCCUGAUAACAUCAAGGAACACUGGACCAAGCUAAAAACAUCCAUUAUUGCAGCCUGUGAACAAACUAUUGGAUACCAAACCAAGAAACACCAGGACUGGUUUGAUGAGAAUGGCAGUGAGAUUGAACGCAUGAUUGACAAGAAAAGGAAGGCAUUUCAGAUCUGGCAAAGAGAUAGAGACUGUGCCACUAAGGGAAAAAAAAAAACCUAUGCCAAUGCUAAGAACCAGAGAACUAAAAAACACCUGGUGGAUAAAAAAAAAGCUCAAGAGAUCCAGCACUUAGCCGACACUCAUGAUGCACAGAGUUUCUUUAAAGCCACAAAGACCAUCUAUGGACCAAUAAAUCAUGGCAUAUGCCCCCUACGCUCAGCAGAUGGUACCACACUUCUAAAAGAUAAAGAAGCCAUUGCACUGUGCUGGAAAGGACACUACCAACAUCUCCUUAACCACAACUCCCCCAUAGCUGCUGAGGUCCUCUCACAAAUCCCGCAAAAACAAAUUAGAGAUGAGCUUGCAGUAUCUCCAAAUCUGGGAGAGGUGUGUACAACUAUUAACCAAGUGAAAAACAACAAAGCCAGUGGACCUGAUGGGAUACCUGCUGAAAUCUUCAAAGUGGGUGGAAUUGAACUUACACAACAACUUCACAAGCUCAUCAAAAAAAUCUGGGAGAGAGAAGCAAUCCCAGCAGUCUUCAGGGAUGCCAAAAUUAUCAAUCUGUUUAAAAAAAGGUGA